CCCCUACGUACGACGCAUCAUCAUGGCGCUCUCUCACACACAAAGAAAGUUCGCUCCGAACACCUCACUCAGCAACGUUUCUCCAAACGACUAAAAGAAAAGUAACUUGUCAUGCCACCCAAGAAGCUAAACCAACAAGCACCCUCCUCGGUCCCCGACGUAGACGAGCUGAAGAGCAUAGCCGCAAAGUCAGACAGUCCCGAAGACAAACUCAAAGAAGCCGCUGCGAGCGCCGAGUCCGCGCUCGCCUCCGCCAAAACCGCCUCGUCGCUCCGUGCCGCCGCCGAAACUAUCAAAGACCCUGCGAAACGGGAGAAGUACCUACAAGAUGCAUACAACAAGGAGAUUGAAGCGCAUGGAAACUCGAAAAAGGCGCGCGUACUCAGCUCAGGCGCGUUUCAGGGUAGUGUAGGCGGUGGUGGUAUUGGCAUGGCCGUGGGAGCGGGACUGGGCACGGUAGUAGGCACGCUGGUGGGGACUGUGGCUACCAUUCCUACGACGGCUGUUGGCACGUUGGUGGGUGCUGGGGUGGGUGGUGUGCAUGGGCCGUGGGUGAAGCUUGGGGGUGGGAAGAAGGAUGGUAAGGAUAAGGACGGGCAGACGGAAGGUGGAGAGGAAGGUGAUGAGAAGGACGUCGAUGGGCAGAUGCAAGACCAGAUGGGUGGGGAGGAGGACGGUAUACCGGAUCCUGAGGCGCUGAGACGUGCGGCAGAUGAGUUUGCGCAGCAGCGGAAGGCGAGCCAGGAGAAUGGUGGUGCAGAUGCAGAGAAGAAGGAGAAGAAGAAGCCUAGAAAAUUGGAGGUACGCGGUAAAGGUGCAUGAGAAACGGCAGCAGAAUUCUCUCUGGACAUUUGGUUUUGGAACAUCGCACUGAGCUCAUGGUUUUGUUUGGGGGAUGCAUUGUUUGGCGCCAGCAUGAUAUAAGCAUUGGGGUUUAGGGCAU